AUGAACAGACCACGCAGAUUGAACGCUUUGGAUAUGGAAAUGGUGGAUAUUAUAUACCCACAUCUCAAAGCGUGGGAAGUGGAUGAGACAGCGAAAAUUAUUCUCAUGAAGGGCCGAGGCCGAGCUUUCUGUGCAGGCGGAGAUGUUAAGGACGUUAUCAGUAUGAUCAAAGAUCCUGCUAUGCAAAGUAAGCUAAAUCACCAACUCGACACUGAGUAUGAUAUGGUGCAUUUCAUUGGGACAAUGAAGACACCCUAUAUUGCUGUUAUGGAUGGAAUCACUAUGGGUGCUGGAGGUGGUUUAGCCUGCCAUGCUCCUUUUAGAAUUGCUACAGAAAAUACGCAAUUUGCUAUGCCUGAGACAGCCAUAGGUCUUUUUUGUGAUGUAGGAGCAAGCUUUUUUUUGUCCAGACUAGACGGUUAUUUAGGCAGAUAUAUGGCACUGACCAGCAAAAUCUUAAAAGCAGAAGAUGCAUUGUUUUCUGGUAUUGCUACUCAUUUCGUAUUUUCUGAUAGGCUGGAGGAACUUGAAUCAAAAUUGGAUGCAUUGCAAUCACCACAAUUAGAUGAAAUUGAUGAAUUGAUAGGAAAAUACUCGGUUUCAAAAAAUCAUGAACCCACUGUUUACACUUUGUAUGGGCAAAACAGGGUCAUUAUUGAUAAAUGCUUUAAAUAUGAUACUGUAGAGCAAAUCAUUGAUGCACUCAAUGAGGAUGGUUCACAGUUUGCUUUACAAACUGUAGAUACUAUUUUGAAGCGUUCGCCCACAAGUUUGAAAGUAACCUUAGAACAUUUGCGUCGUGGUAUCAACUUGUCAUUAAAAAAUUGCUUGAGGAUGGAACAUGUACUAUGGCAAACAGUACCUUAUUCUCAUGACUUUGUGGAGGGAGUCACUUCUCAUGUCAUCCAUAAGCGAACGCCUGAUUGGAAGCCCAAGAAGCUGGAAGACCUUGACUUGGACAGUGAUAUUAAAGUGAAAUACUUCCACGCUAAUGUUAAGCGAAAACUGAUAUUCACCAAUGAACAGGAUGACUAUAUUGAACAUCCAUAUCAAAGAUAUGCAUUGCCGACUGCAAGAGAUAUUCUUCAAGCUUAUCAUGCAGAAAAAUAUAAAUCUGCGGAAGAAGCUGUUUCGUUCUUUACGAAGGAAAGAGGCGACAAAUUUGGAUUGCGUCAAAAAAUAGAAGAUGUAUUUGCUAGAGAAGUGCAGAGUAUUAGAGAUGGAUGA